AUGCGUUUUGUGCUGAUUGCAAUUUAUUUGAUAUUAAUUAUGCCCAUCACCGGAUCAUGGUGGGCUGAAGGCAGCAACAUUCUACUGGAUCCGGCGCAGGUAUGCGAAAAUAGAAACAAGAAAACCAAGCGCCUUUCCGGAAAGUUGGCCGACAUCUGCAAAAAUGACACUUCUCUGAUGCGGGAAAUCAAACGUGGCAUCAAUCUGGGCUUUCGGGAGUGCGAAAACCAAUUCCGCAACAACAUGUGGAACUGCUCGUGGACAAUCAAGCGCAGCAUGCGGAGGAUAUUGACCAGGGAUACUCGCGAGACAGCGUUCGUGCAUGCUAUCACAGCCGCCGGAAUUACUUAUGCCGUUACGAAAGCCUGUACGAUGGGCGAUCUGGUGGAAUGCUCCUGUCAGAACCACGUAAAGAAAAACGUUCAAAGUUACCCCACUGGAACCACCGAGGGGGCGCUGGGUUCGCACGUUCUGAGUGGACCGGACGGGCCUGGUUCGGUUGCCGUCUAUGGAGUUGCAAAUAGAAACAGUGGACGAAAGUCGAAAAACGACCGAAAAAUCAAUACACGCAACACCAUGCUGAUCACGUCCUAUCGCAAUGCCAAUAGCAAUUUCAAUAACUACAAUAGCCUUUCGUCAGCGCCGGCUGUCGCAAAAAAGGAUAUGGUUAAGCCAGUUCAAAAACCGGUUGGCUCCAGCCAGGACGGCAGCUGGGAGUGGGGAGGCUGUGACGAUAAUGUAAAUUUUGGUUUUAGAAAAUCGAAAGAUUUCCUGGAUGCUCGAUUACGCAAGAAAAGUGACAUUCGAACGUUAGUCAAACUACACAAUAAUAACGCGGGACGAUUGGCCGUUAAGCAGUUUAUGCGAAUGGAGUGCAAGUGCCACGGUCUGUCCGGAUCUUGUACCAUGCGAACCUGCUGGAUGAAGAUGCCACCCUUCACCGAGGUGGGAGUUCGCCUGAAGGAACACUUUGACGGUGCCACGAAGGUGAUUGCACGAAAUGACGGCCAUAGCUUCAUGCCGGAUGAUCCGUCGAUCAAGUUGCCCACCAAGCGGGAUCUGGUGUACACGGAAGAUUCGGACGAUUUCUGCGAACCGAAUCCGAAGACCGGCUCGCUGGGGACACACGGGCGGGAGUGCAACAUUACAUCCAACGGGGUGGACGGUUGCAAUUUGAUGUGCUGUGAGCGGGGCCAUUCGAGCAAACAGGUAGAGGUCAAGCGGAACUGCAAGUGCAGCUUCAAGUGGUGCUGCGAGGUUACCUGCAGUACCUGUAUCGAUGUGAAGGAAGUCUACACCUGUAAAUAA